GUACAAACACAACGGCAAUUGCCAAUUCCAGUGGAGGGGGAAACACUGGUCCGGUGGUGGGAAUUGCUAUUGUAGUAAGCUUUGCAAUGCUUGGUCUUAUUGCGGUUGCUGCAUGGUUUGUGAAGAAACGAAAGAGAAAGGCAACUGUAUUCAGUGGUGGCUUAUUUAUGCCUUCACCGUAUGGCUCUUCUCAGCGGUCAGAUUCAUCCUUUAUCAAGCCCCAUUCUCUAGUUUCUCUUGUGAAAAGUGGCUCUGGAAGUGAAUUUAUGUAUUCGCCAUCAGAGUCAAAUGGGUUAGGGAAUUCAAAGUCAUGUUUUACAUAUGAAGAACUACAAGAGCUCACAAAUGGGUUCUCGCCACAGAAUCUGUUGGGUGAAGGUGGAUUUGGUUGUGUGUAUAAAGGAUGCCUACCAGAUGGAAGAGAGGUGGCUGUAAAACAGCUGAAGGUGGGUGGUGCACAGGGAGAGCGUGAGUUUAGAGCUGAAGUUGAGAUUAUUAGCCGUGUGCACCAUCGGCAUUUGGUUUCGCUGGUAGGAUACUGCAUAGCUGAGAAUCAGAGGUUGCUUGUUUACGAUUAUGUCCCAAACAACACCCUUUACUACCAUCUUCAUGGGAAAGGAAUGCCAGUAAUGGACUGGGCAACCAGGGUCAAGGUUGCUGCAGGUGCAGCUCGUGGAAUAGCGUAUCUCCAUGAAGACUGCCAUCCUCGGAUUAUUCAUAGGGAUAUUAAGUCUUCAAACAUUCUUUUGGACAACAACUUUGAAGCUCAAGUUUCAGAUUUUGGGCUUGCGAAGUUAGCUCUUGAUGCAAACACACAUGUAACAACACGCGUCAUGGGAACCUUUGGAUACAUGGCUCCAGAGUAUGCAUCAAGUGGCAAGUUGACUGAAAAGUCGGAUGUUUACUCUUUUGGGGUCAUGCUUUUAGAGCUAAUUACAGGUCGCAAGUCUGUGGAUGCAUCUCAGCCCUUAGGAGAUGAGAGUUUGGUUGAGUGGGCUCGGCCGUUGCUUAAUCAAGCGCUUGAUAGUGAAGACUUUGAAGGGUUGGUAGACCCAAGGCUUGAAAAUAACUACGUACGACAUGAGAUGUUCCGGAUGAUUGAGGCAGCUGCAGCAUGUGUGCGUCAUUCAGCUCCAAAGAGACCUCGAAUGGGGCAGGUGGUACGAGCUUUCGACUGUACAGGAGAGACCACAGAUCUAACUAAUGGUUUGAGACCAGGUGAAAGCAAACUCUACUCCGCACCACAAUCUGCACAAAUCAGGAUGUUUCAGAGGAUGGCGUUUGGCAGUCAAGACUACAGUUCAGGUUUCUUUAGUGAAAAUAGCUGGAGAAGCCAAGAAUAUGGGAAUAGCCAAGAAUAUGAGAGGAGCCGAGAAUAUGGGCCAUAAAAGAAGCACAGAUCAAUGUGCAGCAGUUCAGAGAUUGCCAAAAUUAGCUCAAGGGACAAGAGAGCGCUUCCAGGUCCUAGUAAAUUGUUUUUUUGUAAAUGUGGAAAGGACCUGGGGCUCAAGGAAAUGACUCGAUUCGGCCUUGGACCCAGCCAAGCCAAAUUGGUUACUGGGACGUGGAACUUGCCAGCUUCCCUUACAUUCGACGCAUCCUGGUGUGUAGUAUCCUGUAAUUUUUUGCUCUUGUGGUUUACAUGCUUAUGCUUGUAAUGGUCCAUUUUCCAUUCUCUAUUAUUUUUCAGAAUUGUCAAUAAAACUCCAUUUUCCC